GUUAGGCAAUAUAUGUUUUGUCAUUUGUUAUGCUAUGUCUUAGAAAACAACUCAGUCUUUGCUUUUGUUUUUUAUGAAUGCUCCCAUUAUAAAAUGCAUAAGGAUGUGGAUUAACUACAUUUCCCAAAAAUCUUGGGUCAACCUUCCCCAACCUCCACUAGUAUUCACAACUGGCCAUGGCAGGGCCUUACCUUGUAAAAGGACAGCACCUUUUCAAAAGACCCUGGCCAAAGCUGCCUUCCUUGGGCCAAUGUUGAAAAGGGAAGAUGGUGUCCUCUUUGGGGCCUAGUAGGGCGGAGCCAGAAGUGUCUGGGGAGGCUGGGAUAGGAGGUUUGGGGGCUAGAAGUGUUCAUAAGCAUAAAAAGGUCAUGGGGGCUCUUUGUGCCAAGUUUGGUCUUGAUCUGUCUUUGUUGGGGGCCACAGUGGCCUCUGAUUGCCCAAACAUUUUAAAGUAUUACAAAUCCCAUAAUCCAUGGUCCACUUCUCUAAGUGGGUCAUGGGGGUUAUGUGUGCCAAGUUUGGUCCAGGUCGGUCAUUCGUGGGGGGAGGGGUCAUAGUGGCCUGCGGAAGUGUCAGCCAAUCAGAAAGCUGCCACAUGCCCACAAACAUACAUACAUACAUACACUGACUUAUAUAUAGACUAGCUUGGGGACCCAGUGGUUAAGGAAACAUUAGUAAGUUGGACAUCUUGGAUAUUGGUAGAAUGGAGGAUAUAUGGAGAGGGCAGCCACCUUGGAUAUUGGGAGAUGGAUUAAUUAAGAAGUUGGCCAUCUUGGAUAGUAGGAAAGGUCAACCAUCUUGGAUACUGGGAGAAGAAAUAUGGAGAAAGAGGGCAUCUUGAAUAUUGAGAGAGGAAGAGAUAGAUUAGUAAGUCUGGUUUUCCUUUCAUUCAUCCGGCAGGUAACCUCUGAACGGAUCUUGUGAAGAACGUCCUGUGAGAGCUUUGUCCUAGCAAUGCUUUAAGACUGAAAUGGAGGUACACAGCACUGGCAAGAAAAAGAAAUAAGUAGGAGAAAAAUAUAUUUCAAGCCACAUGCCUGGGCAAUCAAGGAGGAAAGGAAGGACUGAGAGGUUAAAAGAAAGGCUAAGGAAAGAGACCAGAAGCUACAGCAAUAUAAAGCCCAAGAAGAGGAAAUAUUGUGCUGUUCAGAAGUCCAUAUAUGUGAACUUCUGACAUAAUAUUUGAAUGAUAAAUUUAAAAGAAUGGAAAAUCUUCAUCCCAGUUCCACAUCACAAACAGAGGAGAAGUUACAUAAGUGUAUGGAUUGUGGGAAAUGUUUCAUGGGGAUAAGUUCUCUUACUAAACAUCAACAAACUCACACAAGGGAGAAGCAAUAUCAAUGCAUGGAAUGUGGAAAGACCUUCCGUCAGAGUGGAAAUCUGCGUUCCCAUCAAAGAACCCACACAGAAGAGAAGCCUUAUCAAUGCAUUGAAUGUGGAAAGAGCUUCAGUCGGAGUGACAGUCUGCAUUCCCAUCAAAGGACCCACACAGGAGAGAAACCACAUCAAUGCAUGGAAUGUGGAAAGAGCUUCAGCUGGAGUGGAAAUCUGCGUUACCAUCAAAGGACCCACACAGGGGAGAAGCAGUAUCAAUGCAUAGAAUGUGGAAAGGGCUUCAGUCACAGUGGACAUCUGCGUCGCCAUCAAAGGACCCACACAGAGGAGAAGCGACAUCAGUGCAUUGAAUGUGGAAAGAGCUUUAGUCGGAGUGACAGUCUGCAUUCCCAUCAAACAGUCCACACAGGAGAGAAGCCACAUCAGUGUAUGGAAUGUGGAAAGAGCUUCCGUCGGAGUGGAGAUCUGUAUUCCCAUCAAAGGACCCACACAGGGGAGAAACCAUAUCAAUGCAUGGAAUGUGGAAAGAGCUUCAGUCAGGGUGGAAACCUGCGUUCCCAUCAAAGUAUCCACACAGAGGGGAAACCACAUCAAUGCAUGGAAUGUGGAAAGAGCUUCAGUCAGAGUGGAACUCUGCAUUCCCAUCAAAGGACCCACACCGGAGAGAAGCCACAUCAAUGCAUAGAAUGUGGAAAGAGCUUCAGUCACAGAGGAAAUCUGUGUUCCCAUCAAAGGACCCACACAGGAGAGAAGCCGUAUCAAUGUAUUGAAUGUGGAAAGAGCUUCAGUCGGAGUGGAGAUCUGCGUUCCCAUCAAAGGACCCACACAGAAGAGAAGCCUUAUCAAUGCAUGGAAUGUGGAAAGAGCUUCAGUCGGAGUGGAGAUCUGCGUUCCCAUGAAACAAUCCACACAGGGGAAAAGCCAUAUCAAUGCAUGGAAUGUGGAAAGAGUUUCAGUUGGAGUGGACAGCUGCGUUCCCAUCAAAGGAUCCACACAGGAGAGAGGCCCUAUCAAUGCAUGGAAUGUGGAAAGAGAUUCAGUUGGAGUGGAGAUCUCCGUUCCCAUCAAAGGACUCACACAGGGGAAAAGCCAUAUCAAUGCAUGGAAUGUGGAAAGGUCUUCAGUCACAGUGGACAUCUGCGUUCCCAUCAAAGGACCCACAUAAGAGAGAAGCCACAUAAAUGCAUUGAAUGUGGAAAGAGUUUCACUCAAAGUGGAGCUUUGCACUCCCAUCAAAGGACCCACACAUUGCUAGAGGAAGAUACCUGCCUUUGAGUUUCCUAGCCCUGCUUAAAAAAGUCCACCAAACAAGGGUCCCAUUCCUCCACAGGCAAGCAAAGAAUGGAAGCAAAAAGGAAGGCCGCCACCUUGUUCUCUAUCUGUCAUGGACAGCAGUCUGUGUGGCCUGGCUUGAUUGCUGCUGGGGGCCGGUCCCCCACAGAGGAGGACUCUUCUCAGUAUUGCAGCCAUUUUGAAAGGGUUAACCUGAUCUCUUUGUCAAGGAAAGCAUCACAGGCUUCUCGGAUGAUCUGUGAAGGUGUGAUGAAUUCCCUACGUGUUAGGCUAGGAAAAGUCUAGAAAAGUAGACCCAGGAAGUUCGGCAGCCAUUUUGGAAAGGGUGCCUGGGGAAUCCAUUUUUUAUACUCAUUUCCUGAAGGGGGCGUGCUUAGAAACAGCUUGGAGGGAAAUGUGGGGAGUUAGUGAUUGGCUGAGAGAGAGUGGGCGGAGCUUAACUUGGAAAAGAAAAAAAGCUACUUUAAGGGUGUAUUUUAAAAACCCUGUCAGCUCAGAUUGAGUCUGGGUGUCAAAGGAGAAAGAGUUAGGAGUUUGGAGUGGAGAAGAGAAUAGUGAGAGAGGCCUGAAGUUGGUCAGUUAGCUAGCAGAGAUAGCUAGUGAGAAGAUUUUACAGCUAUUAUGGAAGAUAGCUGGUGGAGGAGUGUAGAGAUAGAUCCAGGAAAGGACUAUCUGUGGUGGAGUUUAGAGUUACUUUCAGAGUAGAAAUCCUGUCAGUAAUUUCCGGAGGGAGAGAGGAGUGUACCUUACAACUAAGUUUGAACUGCUUAAAGAAACCACAUGCUUUUGUCAAUACUUCAGAACAGCUAAGCUAAUGCCUGUUUUGUUCAAGUUCUCAUAAAUAAUCAUCUUUGUUUUAUUGUUCACAACAUCUGUCUCAUGUGUGCCUCUGUGGGUGAAGUUAUAAAAGCAGUUUCCUGCAGCAAUCAAAA